AUGGCGACGCAAAGCGAGACCGCAGCGGCCGGCAAGAAGAAGCUCAUUGUAAAUGCCUUCGUUAUGAUGUGCAGUGGACACCAGUCCCCCGGCCUCUGGCGACACCCCGACGACCAGUCGUGGCGCUUUCACGAAGUCGACCACUGGGUCGAGCUUGCCAAACUGCUUGAAGAAGCCAAGUUCCAUGGUAUCUUUAUUGCAGAUGUCCUUGGCGGAUAUGACGUCUUCAAGCAAUCUCUGGACCCAGCGAUUAUCUCCGGCGCGCAGUGGCCCGUGACUGAACCGUUGUCGGUGGUCCCAGCUAUGGCCGCCGCAACCAAGAGCAUCGGCUUCGGAGUUACCGUUUCGACCACUUAUGAGCAGCCGUUCCAUCUGGCUCGGAGACUGUCAACCGUGGACCAUCUCACUAAUGGAAGAUUGGGCUGGAACAUCGUGACAAGUUAUCUGAACUCUGCUGCCAAGAACCUCGGUCACGCACAACAACCCGCCCACGACGACCGCUACGCCCAGGCUGAGGAGUACAUCAAGGUGAUGUACAAGCUCUUCCAGUCGUCGUGGCGCGACGACGCCGUCAAGCUGGACCGCGAGAAGGGACUGUACUCUGAUCCGGAGCUGGUGCGGCAGAUCAACCACGAGGGCAGGUUCUUCUCCGUACCCGGCCCGCACAUCGUGGAUCCUAGCCCGCAGCGCACCCCGCUCCUGCUCCAGGCCGGCACCUCCCGCGCCGGGAAGCUCUUCGGCGCGCAGCAUGCCGAAGCCAUCUUCGUGUCUGCGCAUGCGCCCCAGGUCUGCGCCAAGAGCAUCGCCGAGAUCCGGCAGCUCGCGCGUGAUCAGUUCGGCCGCGACCCGAAAAAGAUCAAGGUCCUUGCCCUCGUCACGCCCAUCCUCGGCAAGACUGAGGAGGAAGCCAUCGCCAAGUGGAACGAGUACAAGAAGUACGCGUCACUGGACGGGGCCUUGACGCUGUUUGGCGGGUGGACUGGGAUUGACCUCAACCAGUAUGGUGAUGACGAGGAGCUGCGGCAGGUAGAGAGCAAUGCUGUUAGGUCAACCGUCGAAGGCUACGCUCGCUUCGCUCCGCCCAACUCAAAGUGGACCAAACACACCGUCGCGGAGCAUGUCGCCCUUGGUGGCAACGGUCCUCUAUUAGUGGGAACGCCUGCUCAGGUCGCCGACCAGCUAGAGGUUUGGAUUAAGGAGGCUGAUGUCGACGGAUUCAACUUUGCCUAUGUUUUGUUCCCCCAGUCUUUCAAGGAAAUUAUUGGCCUUCUACUUCCUGAACUACGCGCAAGAGGGUUGUUCUGGGACGACUAUGAUGUUCCCAGCGGGACUUAUCGCGAGAACUUUUACGGCGUCGAGGGUCAAAAGCUACCUCUAGACGAGCAUACGGCGUCCAAGUUCCAUUGGGCAACAGGAGUUCCUGCCAAUGAACACAAGAUCCCGGAGUAG